AUGGCUGGUGACGACAUAUCCAAGCUAGCGGUUCUAAUUGACGCGGACAACGCGCAAUUCUCGACGAUCAAUCUUCUUCUCUCCGAGAUUGCCAAGUAUGGUGCAGCCUUUGCGAAACGAGCUUAUGGUGACUGGAGUAGCCCCAAUUUGAAGGGCUGA